UGGAGACGCGGCGUUAAGUACAAAUUCUUCUGAUACAUCGAUUAUUUUUCUCUUGUCAUAGCUAUUUUGUUUAUAUCUUAAAUUAAAAUGGGCCGUCGGAAGUCAAAAAGGAAGCCUCCACCGAAAAAGAAAAAUAUUGAGCCUUUGGAUCAGCAGUUCAAUUGCCCAUUUUGUAAUCAUGAAAAGUCAUGCGAAGUAAAAAUGGAAAAUGUACGACGCACUUUACUCACGUAUGGUGCCCAAGCCGGAUCUCAGCCAGAGCAUGGGUUUAACCUGACUGAUGUACUUCGACACAUAAUGAAUUGACCCACUGUAAAUUGCAACGGUAUAUUAUAACUGUGCACAAAAAUGUAGCACGUUUGUUUGAGUGACAAACUUAGAUACUUUUACUAAAAUUCGGCUGUUUAAUGAAUUCUAUUUUGAGUGUGAUGGUGCUUGGUAAUUAGGGACACCAAUUUAUUUUUAUUGAAUUUGUAUUAUUUUAACGCAAAAACUUGCGGUAAGUUGUGUAAAUCAUUUGUAUAUCAACUAACUAUUCAAAUUCAAAUAAUAAAACUGUUAGAUAUGGGUCGAAAAAGGAGUUGUACUCCAGAAUUGAGGAAAAUUAUUAUUUACCAGUACGUGAAGGAAAAAAUGUCCAAUAGAGACGUAGCCAAGGAACUUUUGUGCUCAAAAUCAAUGGUUCACAAUGCUUUGAUUCAUUACGAAAGUACAGGAAGUACAGGGAAUAAAAUAACAAAAAAACUAACCAGAAAAACUACUUCAAAGGAAAAAAGGUUUGAAAGGCUAAUCCUUUUUAAAGUUCCAGGCAAAUUCUCGGAUAAAGGAUCAACUGACCAACGAUGUUUCGACACGAACAAUCAGACGUCGUCCAUCAGAACCAUCAGACGUCAGCCGUCUUCUUGAAAAUGGGGUACGGGGUUUUUCGAAAGAAAAAACCGCACGUAUCAAACAAAAACUUGAAAAGUCGUAUUAAGUUUGCAAAGGAGCAUAUCGGAAAACCCUUAGAUUUUUGGAAAUAAAUACUGUGGAGCGAUGAAUCCAAGUUUAAUUUGUUUGGUUCAGAUGAGACACAAUUUGUUCGACGCCCACCAAACAAGGAAUUUAACCCUCGAUACACUUUAAAAAUGGUUGAGCAUGGUGGAGGCAGUGUUAUGGUUUGGGCUGCAUUUUCGUGGUACGGUGUAGGUCCUAUUCGACGGAUAUCCCAAAGAAUGGACCAACAUUUAUGUAAAGAUAUUUUGUCGAGUACAAUUUGCAGAGGAACACAUGUCUGAACCAUACAUUUUUAUGCAGUAUAACGACCCCAAGCACUCUGCUAGGAGUGUUAAAACGGAGCUUUCGUCCGAAAACAUUACGGUUUUGGAUUGGCCUGCCCAGAGUCCGGACUUAAAUCCAAUCGAAAACCUCUGGGGAGAUGUUAAAAGAGGCUUGGGGAAAAAAUCAAGCAAAAA